AUGGAGCUUGCCAAUGAGUCUACGGUUACAGGAUCGCUAGACAACCGCCCCGUUUUAGUUAGGUUCAAUACAUGUUCAUUCAGCAAUAUCCACCGAGAUAUAGCGAUUACUGCUCAGAUGAGUCAUCUGAAGAAUGUGUUGAGACUUGUCGGUUGCUGUCUAGAAUUUGAAGAACCAGUUAUGGUGUCUGAAUAUGUUGAAGCUAUAUCUCUUUUCGAUUUACUUUACAAAAAGGAUAAUGGUGAUGAUCAAAAUAGUAAAUCACUAUGUUGGGGAAAUCGAUUACGAGUUGCAUGUGAGGUUGCUUCUGCAAUAGUUUUCCUACAUACUGAAUUUACUACGCCCAUCAUCCACAGAAAUAUAAAGCAACACAAUGUGAUAGUUGAUCAGAAGAGUGGCAUUGCUAAAAUAUUGAACUUCACACUCUCCAUAUCAUUGCCUCCAGGGAAAUUGGAGUUACUAGAUGAUGGUGCGCUCGGAACACUCGGGUAUACAGCUCCAGAAUAUAUCCACCAGUUUAUUAUUACUCAAAAAACUGAUGUCUACAGCUUUGGGGUUCUUCUCUUUCAACUAUUAACAGGAAAAACAGUGUACGAUACUAUGGGUAGAGUGAAUUCUAAAAAUUCAAAAGAAACAACAGAUUUUAAAAAUCUUCCAACCAGUUACUUUGUUGAUAGUAAUAUUAAAGAAGGUAAUGUAAUGGAUAUAGCGGAUCCUACUAUCUUAGAGGAGCAUGGAAUUGAGAUUCAACAACAACUGGAAGAUUACUUGGAUCUUGUUAAGAAAUGCACAGCUGACCAGGGAGAUGAUAGACCAUACAUGAUUCAUGUCGCAAGAGAAUUAUACCAAAUUGAAAAGUGUUUCGGAGCCCUUGCUCUUGGUCUAGGGAACCGGAGAAAUUGGAGUUGA